AUGAAAAAAAAAAUUUGUUGCUAUGGUAAAACAAAAAAAUGGUUAUUUCAUUGCAUAUCAUUUAUCUUAUGUUUAACUUUACUAUUAUAUCGUACAUUCGAAUGGUUAAAAGCUUAUCAUUUAUUCAUUGAUGAUGAUCAUCAUAUGAAUGGAUUCAUUGACUAUUUACAAAAUUCCUAUUUAAAUAAACACAAUAUGAAUAAUGAAGAUCAUUAUCAACAUUAUCAUCAUCAUCAUCAUGAGCAGCAGCACCAGCAUCAGCAACAGCACCAACAGUAUCAGGAUGAUAUAAUACAUAGUGAUAAUACAACAUUAAUGGAAUCAAAUGGGAUAAUUAGAUUAUGCAAUAUUAAUCCAAUGAGAUUAUCCGCUUUAUUUUCUUUAAUCAAUGGAAGUGAUAUUUAUGCUUAUUUAAUUGAAAAAUAUGGUAAAAUUGACAUGGUCAAUUUAUUAAAUGAUACCUAUUUAACACCAGAACAAAUUAAACAUAUGGCUCAUCCAUUAUCUACAACAUUGAAAAGUUGUCAAUAUGGUGAUGAUCAAUGUACAAUUAAUGAUUUUAUCUCAAUAUUUACAACACAUGGAUGGUGUUAUCAAUUUCAUUUGAAUUUUUCCAGAACUGCUGAAUUGAAAUUAAUAUUGGAUCCACAAGAAUAUGAUUACAUAAUACCAAAUAAAGGUUAUGUUGGAUUUUAUUUAACUGUACAAAACCAAAAUUGUUCACCUAGGCAACAAUUCAAUAUGGAUAAUAAUGAUCAAUCUAUUAUUGUUGGACCAAAGUUUCAUUCGUAUAUUAGUAUACAACAACAAUAUUUUGUCAAAAGUGGAAAUCAUUUUGGAACAAAGACUAAAGAUAUUUGCCCAGCAUAUAAUAUACAAUCAGUUGUACAACUAGAAAAGCUUCCAAUCCAAAUACAUUUAUUACAGAAAUUCAAUACGAAUUUAUUCAAACGAAACGGUACUGUAGUUCAAUAUGGUAUACUCUAUCAACAGAAAGCAUUAUUACAAAUUUAUAAUCGUACAGCUUAUGAUUUAAUUAAAAAUUUAUCUAAAGAAUUAUAUCAAGCUAAAUUAUUAACAAAAUUUACUAUUCAAUCUAUUUGGAACUUAUACAAGUACUUGAAAUAUUUCAAUCCAAUCAAAUCUAUUCAUAAUACAAUGAAUCAUAAUCAUCAUCAUCAUCAUCAUUGUUAUACUAAAGUAUAUCAAUUAUUCACUUCAAUUAGUAAAGAUAUUUUAUCAAAGAAUACUUUAUCAAUUAUGGAUCCAGAUCAAGAUCAACAUCUAGAUCAAGAUCAUGAUGACGAUGAUCAUCAUCAUUAUCAUCAUGAAGAAAAUCAAUAUUUUAUAUAUAAUCAUACAUUAGAUCAUAUUGAAUUACAAUUAAUUAAUAGUUUUUUUGAAACAAAAGUAAUUGUAUCACCAAGUUCUUCAUUAUUACGUAAGAUAUUGACGGUGGUUAUGAAAUUUCGUUAUCUUCUAUCAAAUUAUAGUAAUUUAUCAUCUACAAUUAUAUCUAAUAAGAAUAGAUCAUCUAUGCUCAAUAUCAAUUCAUUUAUGGAUAAUACUACUCAAUUUAGAUCACACUUUCAUAUCAUGAAUUGUAGUCAUUUAAUUCCAUAUUAUAAUGAACAAAUGAAUAAAUGUGGUGAAACAGCUAGUGGUGCAUUAACAAGAUUAGAUUAUGUGAAUUUACAAUUGAAUAAUUUAAUUAAAAAUAAUCAUUUCAUACGUUUAAUACAUCCGAAACAUUCUUAUCCUUAUACAGAAUUAUCUAUAUCAAGUAUGGUCAGUUUGAGUAUCAGAUUGUCUAAAUUCAAUGUUCCAACAUUUCAUGAAAGUUCAACAAUCCAUAUAGAUAUUUACUUCAAAAAUUUACUACUUACAAUAUUUAUAAGUAUAUUCACUUUAUAUUUAACUUUAUUUAUCAUCAUCGAAUAUUGUUCAUUUAAACAAACCAUUAAAUUAACCAAUCAAAGUUGUUCAAAAUGUCAAUCAACCAAUCAAAAUGUAUAUCAUCCUCAUCCUCAUCGUCAUGACGAUGAGGAGGAUGAUUCAUGUAAUCUAUUAUCAAUACAACAAUAUAAUCAGUUGACUUCAUUUGAAACACUGCCACCAAAUAAUAAUAAUAAUAAUAAUAAUAAUAAUAAUAAUAAUAAUAAUAAUAGUGAUAGUUACUACCCGAGAUGUACACAGAGAUACCAUGAUAGCAACAGAAAGAACUUUACUUACUCAAAAUAUGGUAAACACGAUCUAGACGAAGCUUUCAGUAAUAAUAAUAAUGGGUUGAAUUCAUUUAUCCCUCAUAAAUUAGAACACCAUUACACAUAUGAUCAUCCAACAUCUCUAUUGCAUACAUCAAAUGUUAUGUAUAAAUGUGAUAAUGUAUGUCGAACUAAAGCAUAUUUACAUGAUGAAAACAUUGAUGAUAAUGAAGAUGGUGAUAGAAAUACAAUUUGUAUUCCAACUCAUGUACAUAGUUUAUCUUUACCAAGAAUCGAGACAUUCAAUGAUGAAAAUAUGAAUAAAACAAUUUUAAUCACACCGAAAUUAAUUAAUACCCCAUAUUCUUGUUGUACUACUUCGACAUCCUCAUCAUCCAAGUAUAAUUUACAUUCAUCAUAUUGUAAAUAG